UACCUACUGCAGGUCACGCGACUGUCCUGACCCACUAAUCGCCUCAACAUCCCGCUUCUAGAGCUUUGCUGUCUAGAUCCGCCUGCCGUUUGUGUGAGUCUGCGCUCGCCAACCUCUUUCCAUCACUUCAUACACAUUUCUUAUAUUAUUCCCGUACCAGUCCCAGAAAAAUCCGCUUCUAAUUGGCGGCUCAGGCUGUGAUAUGUCCUCGAGCUACUUCACAAGCGAAAACCAGGGGCUUCAACCACGACCACCAGGGGAACCGCCGUUUGCCCGUCCCUCUCCAAGUGGAUCCGACGCUGGAAUGACGGGCGAUCCUCAGUUCGACAUCUUCGAAUGGCAUCCCGCAUAUCAGAGCUGCCAGCGCUACUUUCUCGACCACGCCCAGCAUGACGGCAGUGUCCAGGCAGUCGCCGCUCUCGUCAACAUCGCUCUACCCUUUCAAUGGGCCCAGAGUCCCAUCUCAAACUCCUCCGCUUCUCCCAUGCCCGGCGCAAAUCUCGCACCAUAUCAACAGCACUACCAACGACCAGGACCUUCGCAAGGGACCCAAAGGCCUGGAGCCGGUCUCGCAUGGGUCUCACUCGUGCCCUACAUUCGCCGCCUGAUAGUCACGGGAUUCGACAGCGCAGGCGUCCUCCAUGGCUUCUUCGGCGACGAGUGGAAGAAAGGCAUCGGCCCCGUGCAGGAAUGCGAGAGGCGCAACUACCUGUUCGCCGCCAAGAGCGUUGGCUGGGCCAAAGUCAAAUGCCAGUACGACAUGUCUCCACACGAGAGCGUGCCCUUCCUGAAGCCGCUCCAGAACGUGCAGCUAGCCGAGAUUGAGGGUGCGGAGAAGACUUGGAGCCAGUGGCUUGCGAUGGAGGACUGGAUGGUUGGGCCUCGUGCGCCCGUCGCGAUGGAUGAGGGUGGUCCGUCGAGGCCUCGCCCGAGCCAGGAGUUGUAAAGUCUGUUUGUUGGUUUGGUUUGAGACUGCAUACUAUGACCCGGCGUUUUGAUACACGAUAGGAUGGGAUGGCAUGGUAUUGGCGUUUUAUGUGAUUAUUUUCAUUGAGAAAGACACGCGUGUGAAGUCGCGCGUGGUCUUUUUCCUUUUUCGGUGUAACAAUACUUUCGUUUGGGGCAAUAUGCUGAUGCUUUUACAUUCUGAUGAGUUGCCAGUCUUACUCGUUUGUGCUUAUUUUAUUGUAGAAACCUUGGUCUCACAGCUUGAGUUUCGUGUUGAUAGACGAUGGAUGGCAGGGCGAGGCGAAACGGCACUAGUUCCAACUUUCCUUCAAGAACCCCACGUGGACUUGCACUUACAUAAUCAUGCACCCAACUUGAACCCUAGCCAUUCUCCAAUAACUAGCGUCUACUUAAUUAACU